AGACGCAUUUCUACACCUUCGGCAGCCCAGCGCAAUCAGCAAGCGACCAUCUCGUUUGGCAAGCAGGGUCUCAAUCGCGUCACCAAGACUACGCUUGCUCAGCGCGACUCCAAGGCCACCAAGAAGGACAAUGCGUUGCUAGAUGCAGUGUCAACCCAUGACAUUGACCAACUCACCACCGCUGAUGCUGCCAUCCAAGAACAAGCCGAGGCCGAACUUGUCGACAUCAAGCCUCUGGAAACCGAGCUUCACUCUCCCGGCGAGCCUGAUGACUACGAGAAAAGAGCCAACAAAAUCACCAACGCCCAGAUCAAGAAGUACUGGCAACAAAAAGAGGCCGAGAGAAAGUGCCUGCGCGUUCACCAACAAGGACUCGAUGUUUCGGAAAAGAUCCUGAGGGAGUUUGACAUGAGCGGACANCCCUGCAUUGGCAUUGCCAGAGUCAAGCGCUGGAGACGAGCCAACACUCUGGGCCUCAAUCCUCCCAUCGAAGUGCUGGCAGUCUUGCUCAAGGCGAGUGACAAGGACAAGAGCAGAAUGCAGCGUGCUCACGUUGACGAGUUGAUGAGCUCGAGAUUUAUCGAAACGUAG